CAAGUGGUUUUCUGUAAAUUCUCGAAGUGAAUAUGUUAAAAAGCAACAAAUCUUCGACAACAAUGAUGCAAAUGUAGCAAAUAAGUUGUAUUCGUAGGUAAACAUCGAUUUUUUGACCGGCGAAUUAGUGUGCUUAUAGCGUGGAUCAAAAAACGGAAUCAAGAAGUGCAUCUGGUGCUAACAUGGACAAUAUAUUGGGUAUAAGAAAUUUGAGCAUCAGCGAUGAAAAAAGUUUGAUUAAAAAAAAUAAAUCUCUCCGAAUUCGACCGAAAAUUUUCUCUGCAGAACUAACAGAAUGUUUAGCGUUAGACUGCGAAUUUGUCGGUACGGGACCAGAUGGUAAGGAUCACAUGCUAGCCCGUGUCUCGGUAGUAAAUGAACGGGGCGAAGUAAUACUUGAUACUUAUGUAAAACCCCAGCGAGCUGUGAUAGACUAUCGAACCGACAUUAGCGGCAUACGACCUGAACUGAUGGAAAGUGGAAAGGACUAUGGCUAUGUUCGGGAAACAGUAAAAGUUUUAUUGCAUGGUCGUAUUCUGGUUGGUCACGCACUUAAAAAUGACUUGCUAGUGCUCAAUCUACGGCACCCAAAACACAUGGUUCGUGACACAUCGCGUUUUAACCCGAUAGCUCGAAGGAUUCGAUCCCUUGGAACGCCUAGCUUAAAAAAUUUAUCCAAGAUUAUUCUUGGCGAGGAAAUUCAAAACGGCAUUCACGAUUCCAUAGAGGAUGCGUGUGCCGCGAUGAAAAUCUACCGAAUAUUUCAGGACGAGUGGGAAAAAUCUCAACGAAAAAUGGCACGUCGGUAUCGAUGACAAUAUAAAUCAGUUUGAACUUCCCGGAUGUUGUGUAAAAAAUUAGAAUGUAAAAUAUAAAUAAGAGUUAGUUAAAUAUAUUGUAACAG